UCUCCGAGGGGGGCUGGAUUUUGGCAGGGCCGGGGCCGACACACCACCAGGCAUGACCGCAGUCACAAGCUGUUCCCUGGGUAUCAGGCGACUCCCACUCGGGAAGGGAGUGGUCAGCCGGCACUUGCCACGCACCAGGUCCUGGGUGGGUGUUUCCCGGGAAUCCCCUGGGGGAAGUCGGUGCUCACACCAGGACUGACUCGGAGAUGAGGCUCAGACACUGAGCCCUUUGUGAGCUCGGCCAGCUGGUGACAGAGGGGAAACCCAAUUCUGAGUGAGGGUCCAAGUCCAAAGUUUCUGGAGUCCCCUGCCAAUGCCAGGGGUGUUUGGAGCAGUGGGACCAUGCAGCCCCCAGGGGACAUCUUCUGUUUCAGCUGCGUGAGCAGCAGGGUGAGGGAGAGACACCAGCUUUGAGUUGGACAGAUCCUGGCAUGACCUUGGGGAUGUCACCCUCACAUGCUCCCUCAUCCUCCAGCCAUGAGGAUUAAGGGGCUCCGGGGAGGAGCUCGGUGCACAGCAGGUGUGGCAGGCGUGCUGGUGGGACACCCAUUUGACACGGUCAAGGUGAGGCUUCAGGUCCAGAGCCUGGAGAAGCCCCAGUACCGAGGCACCCUGCACUGCUUCCAGUCCAUCAUCAAGCAGGAGAGCGUGCUGGGCCUGUACAAGGGCCUGGGCUCACCACUCAUGGGGCUCACCUUCAUCAACGCGCUGGUGUUCGGCGUGCAGGGCAACACCCUGCGGGCCCUGGGCCAAGACUCGCCAAUGAACCAGUUCCUGGCGGGGGCGGCGGCCGGAUCCACGCUGCUGCGCGCCUUCCCCGUCAACGCCGCCACCUUCGCCACCGUGACCAUCGUGCUCACCUAUGCACGUGGCCCCGAGGACCAGUCCGAGGACGAGGGUGUGCCCGCCGCCUCGGGGCCUGCGUUGGCCCAGCCCUCCAGCCUGUGAAGCUCCGCCCCCUUGACAGAGGGCGUGACCUCCCCGGGGCCACCUUUCAUCCACCCAACAUCAACAUAAAUCGGCCCACAGCCCAGACCGGAGGGCUGGGGACUCCAUCAGAUCUGGGCCCGGUGCCACUCAUCAGCCGGGUUACCUUGGCCACAGCCUUGACUCCUCAUUUUUCUCAGCUGUGAAGUGGGGAUGCUCACACCCACGCUGUGCAGUCAGGAAGCUGGCCCUGUUACCUGGAAGCUUCCAGAAACCCAGCCAACACUCCAGUGCUUCCCUGGGAUCCCACCCACCACCCAGGCUCUCCCGUGUCUGGGCUGCCCAGUGACACUCACUGCGCAUCCUCCACCUGGCAGAGCUCCAGGCCCCUCUUGGCCACCUGUCCAGGCUCUAUGAUGAGGACAGGCAGCCCCGGUGCCUCCUGGUAUCAGAACUGAACCUCUCCUAGUGCACCCCAGCUUCUCCACAUGGCACUGCCGGGGGUACCCCUGCUGCUUCCACUCCCAGUGGAGGCUGACCUGGGACCGCCGAAAGGCCAUGGGAUUUGCUGGAGGCUCCGUAUCCUCCAUAGUUUUAAACACAGCCAGGGGGAGGGGAAGUCUUGUACCCUCUGGGGUUCAGGCUGCCCAUCUAUAAAAUGGGGACACGGGUCGGCUGAUAUCUGGAACUCUGGCCCACUACCCCCGGCCAGGGUUUCCAAAGGCGAGUGGAGGGGUGGAGAGGGAGAUAGUAUGGGCCCCCCACCCCACCCCCCUUCUCCAGCAAAUCAUGUCUUUCCUGGGCAAGCUCCUUGGUGCCUGGUGUUCCUGUGAGGUGGGAGGGCCCAUUAGUGGGCAUGGCUGUGGCCAGUUUGGGCCCCUCCGGGUUGAGGGGGAGCUGAGCCCACACUCUGGGGCUUCCACUCGAAGCUAGGGUUGCGGUGGGAACUCGGGGUAGCCCCGGCACAUCCAGUACCAUGUGGCCAUGUGACCAGCUGGGGAGGUGGAUGGUUCUGCAUAGAGGAAGGUGCCUGUGGCCUCCUUUGCCCUGAGUGGGCUCAGCCUCUUGGGCAGUGUGCCAAGCUCUCCCAGGAGGCCCUGUGGGCGAGGAAGACAGGACUCCCACCCUGUGCAUGGGUGUCACUGGUAUUAAAGUUAUUUGUUUUUUAAGA